AUGGAGCCGUCAUAUUAUAACCAAUAUGAAAAGACGCCUCGACAAAGAUCGAAUAGCAAUGCCGGAGGUCUCGGCGAUAACCAAAACGGGCAAUUCGGUAUGCAAGCACAGCUAGGAAAAAUGAUGUGGGAAGCCGGAUCAAAGCAAGUUCAGGACACAUUUCAAUCUUACGGUCGCAUUGAUUUGUUCCGCCCGUAUUUCGAUGUGGAUCCGGCAGAAGUCCGUACCCGACUAAUUCGUUCCUUUAUUCCUCGAAAACCGUCACAAAUUCAAGUAUCUCCAGACCUUUACGGUCCUACGAUGAUUAUUCUGACAAUGGUGGCUCUUUUGUUGUAUCAUAUGAAAACGAGCGGGAUUGUAAUUCAAAAUGGAACUUUGAUGGGAACGGCAAUUUUCACAUGCUUUGGAAGUUGGAUGCUGAUUUCUGGAGCAUUAUGGAUCGCGUGUUUCCUUCUCGCCGCCGAACAACCGUUUUUGACAAUUUUAUCCAGCUUUGGCUACUCUCUGACAUCCCAAUGUCUGGUCCUUCUCCUCACCUCCGUAUUUCACUCAUCUCACGAUCACCUAUUUUUCUUCGUUUUACUCGCUAGUUUCUGUGUCCCGUCCGCUCUCCGAAUGGGACUUAUUAUAUGUAAUCAGUCUCGCCUCCCUGCCAACAGACUAAUGCUAAUUGGAAUCGCGAUUGGAGCAAAUUUAUUGCUCAUCCUCUACUUGCAUUUUGGUUUCCACGUCGUUCUAGAAGAAUUAGAUGAAAUGGUCGGGGAAGCGAUUGUGGAUGUUAAGGCAGUUCAGGAAACCAUUCCAGUAGCUCAAAUUAAUAUAUUUUCUUUGCUACUUUUUCUUUAUAUUUGGGUUCGCUAUUUUUUCGAAAUUUCAGCAAUGUCAGUAAUCAGUGAACAUGAUGUUCAUCUCUCCAGCUUCGAACCAGUUGCGAAGUGUGUGAAAUCCAUGUGUCCAAAGUGCAAAGCAAGCCGGAUGUACUUUUGUUACGAUUGUCGAACGCCACAGCCGGGAGUUUUUACGCCGAGUGUUAAGUUGCCCUGCUCCGUCGACAUCAUCAAACAUCCAAAGGAGAAAAACAGCAAAAGCAGUGCGCUCCACUGUAAAAUCGUUGCACCUGAUCAGACACGCGUAUUCGAUUAUCCAGAUGUUCAUGACUACUCAAAGGAUUCUGAAGAGGAACGACGGACAACUGCAAUCAUUUUCCCUAGUGCCUCAGCGAUUUCUGUAGAGGAGUUCGUGCGGACGCGCGGCGAGAUAAAAAGAAUAGUGGUAUUGGACUGCACAUGGUUUCAAGUUGGAGUCAUGCAGAAGACACCGCAGAUUCAAGGCCUCCAACACGUGUCACUUCAAUCCUACCGUACAGCUUUCUGGCGACCCCAACAUAAAGUACCGGAGACUGGUCUUGCCACGAUAGAAGCCAUUUAUUACUCGUUGAGAGAGUAUCAAGAGCUGGGGCUCAAGGAAACGUAUUCUGGAGAAUUCGACGAUUUGUUGUACUGGUUCUUCCUUACGAAGCAUUUUGUAGAUGAAAAACAAACUGAGUAUUUCAAGAGAAAAGAGGAGAAAGAAGAAAAAAAUAAAUAG